AUGGGACAUGUCACUGACGACGGUCACCUCCAGGCGCUAGAUCCCGACGUGGUCAACAAGAUUGCGGCGGGAGAGAUCAUCAUUGCGCCUGUGCAUGCACUAAAGGAGCUCGUAGAGAAUUCUGUGGAUGCGGGGUCUACGUCGCUUGAGAUCCUGGUCAAGGAAGGGGGGUUGAAGGUGCUGCAGAUCACGGACAACGGGUGUGGUAUACAGAAAGAUGAUCUGCCACUCCUCUGCGAGCGGCACACGACGUCCAAGAUCUCGGCGUUCGAGGACCUGACGUCGAUAUCGACGUAUGGGUUCCGCGGCGAGGCGCUGGCAAGCAUAAGCCACAUUGCGCACCUGACGGUGACGACCAAGACGGCCGAGUCGGACGUGGCGUGGCGCGCGUACUACCUGUCCGGACGGCUGGCGGCGCCAAAGUCCGGGCAGUCGACGGACCCCAAGGCGGUGGCGGGGCGGCCAGGUACGCAGAUCACGGUGGAGGACCUGUUCUACAACGUGCCGACGCGGCGGCGGGCUUUCCGGUCCCCGGCGGACGAGUACAACAAGAUCAUCGACAUGCUGGGCCGGUACGCAGUCCACUGCUUGGGCGUCGGCUUCACGUGCAAGAAGGCGGGCGAGUCGUCCAACAGCCUGUCGGUGCAGGCGUCGGCGACGGUCAACGACCGCAUCCGCCAGAUCUACGGCGGCGGCGUGGCCAACGAGCUCAUCGACUUGGACGACGUGUCCGACGACCGCUGGGGGUUCCGCGCCCGCUGCCUCGUCACGAACGCAAACUACCACAUCAAGAAGACGACGCUGCUCCUCUUCGUCAACCACCGCUCCGUCGAGUCCACCGUCAUCAAGAAGGCCGUCGAGCAGACGUACGCCGGCUACCUGCCCAAGGGCGGUCACCCCUUCGCCUACAUCAGCCUCGAGGUCGACCCGGCCAGGGUCGACGUCAACGUCCACCCCACCAAGAGGGAGGUCCACUUCCUCAACGAGGACGAGGUCACCCAAGUCGUCUGCCGGGAGAUCGAGAAGAGGCUGGCCGCCGUCGACAUGAGCCGCACCUUUAUGGCCCAGACGCUCCUACCCGGCGCCUCGUCGCCUGCCGUCGACACGGCCUCAUCGUCCCAGCAGCAGCAGAUGGAUGGUGGCGAUAACAAGACAGCAGCGCCGAAGCUGUCCAUCAUUGGCAAGAAGCCCGUCAAGAAUCCCAACUCACUCAUCAGGACGGACACUGCCGAGCGAAAAAUCACAAGCAUGUUCACCAGCGCCUCGGCACUGGUGGGCAACAGCAACAGCAACAGCAUGCCGUCGUCGUCGUCGUCAUCGCCGCGUCGUGACAACAAUAACAACGACAACAACAACAAUGACGAACAGCAGCCCCUCUCGGCACCGGAAAGCAUCGCGUACGAGACCGUCGACGACCGCGAACCCGUCCUCUGCCGACUCCGCAGCGUCAAGGAGCUCCGCGCCGAGGUCCGAUCGGACAUGCACGCCGACCUGACCGACAUGUUCGCCUCUCACACUUUUGUCGGCAUCGUUGACGAGCGUCGCCGCCUGGCCGCCGUCCAGGGCGGCAUAAAGCUGUUCCUCGUCGACUACGGCCACGCCUGCUACGAGUACCUCUUCCAGCUCGGGCUCACAGAUUUCGGCAACUUCGGCACCAUCCGGUUCAACCCGCCGCUCGACCUAGUGAAGCUGCUACGCCUGGCAGCCCAGGCCGAGGCGACAGCAGCAGAAAGCCGGAAAGGUGGUGACGCCGGUGGCUUCGACGUUGAGGGUGUGGUGGGCAAAGUGGCCGCCCAGCUCGUCGAGCGCCGUGAGAUGCUGCAAGAGUACUUCUCCCUCGAGAUCUCCCCGCUCGGCGACCUCGUGUCCAUCCCACUCCUGGUGAAGGGGUAUACACCGCCGCUGGCCAAGCUGCCGCGCUUCCUGCUCAGGCUCGGACCCCAGGUCGACUGGACGGAGGAGAAGGCCUGCUUCCGUACGCUGAUUCGGGAGCUGGCCACCUUUUAUACACCCGAGCAGCUGCCCACCACAUGCUCCGACUCCAGGAGGAGACCUGGCGCGGCUGACGUCGCCGGCGCAGCUGACGGUGAGGUCGUAUCGCAAGAGGUGAGAGUUAGGAGGCAGCAUGUUCGGUGGGCGGUCGAGCACAUCUUCUUCCCGGCCUUCAAGGCGAGACUCGUGGCUACCACGUCGCUCAUGGAACGGGGGGUUCUAGAAGUUGCCAGUCUAAAGGGUCUGUAUCGUGUUUUUGAGCGGUGCUGA